AUGUCAUUACUCAACGAGGAAACGGCCUCAGCCGCCGAUGCUAAGCACGUCGGCGAGCUCGGUCUUUCCACCAACUAUCACGCGUACCUGCUCUGCGCCUUCGCCUCUUUCGGCGAUAUCUUCUUUGGUUACGACUCUGGUUACAUUAACGGUAUUAAUGGCUCCAAGAUCUUUAUCGAGGCCACCGUUAUCAUGGGCUGCGCUAUCUACAUAUUCGGUAUCGCCAUCCAAAUAAUUACGGGCGCCGGUGACCCGCUUGCUGCUAUUGUUGCUGGCCAUCUUAUUACCGGCGUCGGCGUCGGCUUCGAGUCCGCUAUUGUCAUCCUGUAUAUGUCUGAGAUUUGCCCCCGCGAGGUCCGCGGUGCUCUCGUUACCGUUUACCAGUUCUGCAUCACCAUCGGAAUCAUGACGGCCUCGUAUAUCGUAUACGGAACCAAGGAUCGUACCGAUACUGGUGCGUAUAUCCAGUUCGAGCUUGCCGAGAUUGGAUCCGUCUUUAAGGCUAACUCUAACCUCCGUAAGACCAUUCUCGGCACUUCUCUGCAUAUGAUGACUGGUAUUAACUUCAUCUUCUACUACUCGACUCCCUUCGUCCAGUCAACUAGUGCUAUCAGCAAUACCUUCUUAGUCUCUCUAGUCUUCACCCUGGUUAACGUUUUCUCUACUCCGAUUUCGUUCUGGACCUUCAUUAUUGCCGUCGUUGGUAUUACCGUCGGAUUCAGCCACACCCACGUCGAUCCCAGCGACUCGACCAAGACGCUUACGGAUAACAUCUCGGCCGUCUACGCCCAGGUUGCCUUUAUCGCCACCUUCAUCUUCUUUUUCGCCUCGACCUGGGGACCUGGCGCUUGGAUUCUAAUUAGCGAGAUCUUCCCCAUACUAAUCCGCUCGCGUAGUAUCGCCCUAUCAACUGCCUCCAACUGGCUAUGGAAUACCAUUAUUGCCGUCAUCACUCCCUAUAUAGUCGGCGAGCACCGCGGAAACCUCAAGUUGUCCGUCUUCUUUAUCUGGGGCGGUCUCUACACCGUUACGUUUGUCUAUACGUACCUAUUCGUCCCCGAGACAAAGGGUCUCUCGCUUAAGCAGGUCGACAAGAUGAUGAGGGAGACAGUUCCCCGUACCUCGGUUAAGUGGAAGCCCUAUUCUACCUUUGCCGGUGACUAUCGCGACGAUAUUCGCCUCGUCGACCUUAGGAGGUCUAUUUAA